AGUCUUGCUUUUGUUGUGCCUCUGCUGAGGCCGCCCAUUCUCCCAUCUCAGCACCCCGAAAUAAAUGAGCAGAAAUCUUGAAAAGGAGAGAACGUGGCAGGAAUAUUUGGAAAGGACAUGGCUCAGAGAAGGGUGCAGAACAAGGAGGCCACUCCCUGCUUUUAUGUCCCCUGCCCAAAAGACGCAUACGUUUUCAAAGUAGUUCUCCUGGGAAGCACGGCUGUAGGAAAGUCAAGCCUGGCCUAUCGUUAUGUGAAGAAGGACUUCCGGGACUCCCUGCCUACUGUGGGCUGUUCCUUCUUCACACAGGUUCUAAGUUUGGAUAACACCACAAUUAAGCUUGAGAUCUGGGACACUGCAGGCCAAGAGAAGUACCAUAGUGUCUGCCAUCUCUAUUACAGAGGAGCUAAUGCUGCUGUUCUGGUUUAUGAUAUAACGAGGAAGGAAAGUUUGGAGAAAGCAAAAAUGUGGCUGACAGAACUGGAGAAGGAAUUCCUUCCUGAUGAAAUAAUUAUAGCUUUGGUUGGCAAUAAACUGGACCUUUCUGCUGAACGGGAGGUCACAUUACAGGAGGCAAAGGAUUUUGCACAAACAAAGAACCUGCAGUACAUGGAAACAUCUGCAAAAUCUAAUUACCAAGUGGCAGAACUCUUUGUGUCUCUGGCUCAUGAAUUGUUAAAACAAGAACAACAGAAAGAGAAGACAUUUCAAUCAACACAAUGGAAGAAAUCACAUGUUGAUCUGCAUGAAACAAGUUUUCACCAAACGAAAUGCUGCCAAGCAAUCUGAGAUGAGUUGUUCCGUGUGGCGGG